CUGUAAACAGCGCCACUUCAACAUGUCAUCGGAGCUCAGGUACACGGCGAACACGCAGCUUGAACACUUGCAUGCUCGGUAUACGGGGACUGGACAUGCGGACAUCUCAAAGUACGAGUGGCUGACGCACCAACACCGCGACACACUCGCCUCCAUCGUCGGUCACCCGCCUCUGACGUCCUACCUCGCCAUCGCGGAUGGGGAGCCCAUUGCGCGCAUCAAGUUCGAGAUGACUGAGCGCAUGCUGCAGCCCUGCGGACCGCCGCCGAAGAAGGAGGAUGACUGAUCUUCGCCUAACUGCAAUGCUACCUGUACUUCCGAGAAUGUAGCUCCCUAGCCUUGAGAAAUGCCGAUGCACAAGAGUUGUGUAGCGCGGUUGCCUAUACUCAUGUCUAGAUCCCGCUGACGGAAGGCGUGGGCCCAGUCCCCUCUUCCUUGAGAUAAACCACACUGUAUCUGCGUCUUUCUUUGUACAUACUUACGUGCAGCCAGAGCGC